CGAGUAAUUGGACAUACCGUGAACUGACCCAAAUACAUGACACAAACGUCGGAUACAAGGGAACGGAGAUCAUCAUCAUCAUCAUCAGAAGAAGAAGAAAAAGAGGAACAAAACGAAUCUUUCGUUGAAAAAAACGUUGUCGUCUCUGAUCGUGUUAAUUCUCUGGGGAGUUUCGGGCAGGUUCCAGUUCAUCACAAAUAAUCCAGCAAAAAAUUUCAAGUGUUACGCGGCCGCAGUACUCUAUACACCAAAUAUUCGAUUUUGCUUGUGGAUUGAUGCCUGCAUAGUUUACCAGGUCCUGUUGCCUGCAUGGAUCCUAUUAACUUUUUGGAUGAUAAGUCUGAAAGCAGACUUUAUGUCGGAAACCUUGAUCUUAGAAUAUCAGAGGCUGCUCUUAUUAAGAUGUUUUCCCCCUAUGGGAAGAUUGUAGCUGAAGACUUCCUGUGGCACACUCGUGGUCCUAAGCGUGGGGAGCCACGUGGUUAUGCUUUUGUCCAAUUUAGUACUAAAGAGGAAGCUAUACUGGCCAAGGAGAAGAUGCAUGGAAGAUUAGUCUGUGGGCGGCCUUUGGUUGUUAGGCUUGCCAGCGAGAAAUAUUUUAUGGAAGGGGCUGAAAGCUCUUUUGGAGCUGGUGGUGAAACGAGUAAAUCCAACUUUGUUGCUGGCUCUUCGGCGCAAAUGAGCAAGACUGCCAAAAUAGCUGCAAUUAAGAACAAAUUGAAGGCCAUGGAAGAAGAGAACCAGAACUCAAAAAGACCAAAAACGGCAGACAAGCUCUCCGGUAGUUAAGUGUCAGAUAAUGUCAAGCUAAGUAUAGUACUGCUAAAGUCCGUUGAAGUUCUCUUGCCCUCAUUGCCGAAACAAACUCCUACUCAUAUUUUUCCGUCUUCAGAGUUACAAUAUAGAUAUCUUUAGAUCUUUGUAUUAAGAAAAUGCGAAGAUGAUGUUGUUUGGGUUCAUAAACCUCCGUGCAGGUGAUAUCAACUUUGUUUUCCUGGUAGUAAAACAAACGAUAAUUUCGGAUUUGCUGUUUCUCGUUACGCACUUGGAUUUGAAAGUCAAACUUGGACAAUGA